GCCUGACCCACACUAACGGGUGAUCUGUUAGCGAACUGUUUCGAUUAUUAAUCUUCUAAAGCUGAAUCAUUUGAAGAGAUGAAAUUUUCCAAUGUACUCUGCACACUUUUACAAUUUCAUUGUAAUAUCAGAGGUUGUUUCGAACGACUCAAUAACAUGCCCGUCAUGGGUUCAAGCCUGAAAUGGACCGCCCCACCCCCGCUGCAAAGAAUUGACCACCCGGCUUCGUGGUAAUGAAUUAAGUCUCGAAAGCCUGUACAGGCCGGCAUGUCCACGUAGGACGCUACGCCAAAUAGAAGAUCAGUUGUUGUUUAUAUAUAUUUUCCACUCAACAUUGAUACUUUUAUUUUUGUUUCAUUAAUUGCUCAUAAUAAAUGACUUUCUUACAUAGCAGCCAUUUCUUCGGAAUCAUGACCAGCAACAAGUGUGCCUGGGGCAUGUCUAUCAUUCCAUCAACUCACCUUUUACACGGAGAGCAUACUCACGCUAUCUGACUCUGUGUUAGCUUUGCCGUUUGGACAAGGUAAACAUAUGCCAUUCUUGACAGUUGGUGGUGUUUGAAAAUCAGUUGAAAUGUCAACAGAAUUGUUUUGCUUGGCUUCGGAGAACGCGCCCUCGGAAUAGCAAGAAACAAAGAAUCGCUUGUGGUUCCUCGGUUAUCUAUUUUGUUAAUAUAAUCAUUAUUUUACCUUAAAUUGUAACUAGCACGUGAAAGUACUCGCAUUGAGAAAUGAAAAUGUCUGCUGAUAAACCGGAUUUCGAGGAUAACGUCCCUACGGAACAGCAUCUGAAAGAACUGCUAACAACGGCUAUUGAAUUGGAUGCAAAUAUAUCGGAAAUAGAACAGGAACGAAACAAAGCAUCUGAGCAGUUGGAUGCUGUUUGGAGUAGAAUCCAUCAAGCUAUCGUAAACGAAGCUGAGUUGAAACGAAAACGAGCCACGAUUCAGCAGUUAAAUAAUGAUUUUAGCAUUCAAGUACACAGACAGAAAGAAGAGGAAAGCUUUAUGGAUCAGUUCACAGCACUGCAGAAUGCUAUGGGCAUUACCAUUGUUUGCAAACCAGAACUGAAGACGGCAGAGAUCACAUUCGACGAUGCACUAAAGACAAAAGUUUCAUUCGUAUAUGAUAUCAAAGGAAUAACGCUUGGUGAGAUGUACCCUGCACACCCUAAUGUGGAUGCAAUUCGGACGCAUCUGAGCGAAACGGGAGAUUUGUUGGGAUUUCUUUCGACGCUGAGAAAAAAACUAACACUGCAGAACCUCUAAAGUUAGCGUAAAUAGCUGUUAAUAAAAUAAAUAUGUGUAUUCAACCCGCA